GCGGGGCCGGGGGCCGUGAGUCACCCGCGCCGGGCCCCCCCGGCCCCGCUCGGUCCGGGCGCUAUAACUCGGCGGCGCCCAUGGCACCGGGCAGCCCCGCGCAGCCCCGCAGAAAAAUUCCCUCGGAGCAAGCAGCGAGCACAACCUCAACCUCCACUGCUCUGCCCACCCUCCUGAGGACAACUUUUGGGGGCAGGCAGUACUGUCCCAUCCAGGGGGCACAGGGACAGCUCGUGGACAGCAGCUGCUGGGGACUGCUCUUGCAGGCCCCCCUCUGCCACCAUGAUGGAGAAGGGGCCCCCCAACUCCAGCGAAGGCCAGCAGGGCUGGUUCUCAGCCAGGAACGGCAGCAGCAGCUCCUUGGAUGUGGAGUCUGUGGUGCAGCCCCUCGCCUUGAACCCGUGGGACGUUGUCCUCUGCAUCUCGGGGACCAUCAUCUCCUGUGAGAACGCCAUCGUGGUGGUGGUCAUCUUCUACAGCCCGGCCUUCCGCGCCCCCAUGUUCCUCCUGAUCGGCAGCCUGGCCACGGCCGACCUGCUGGCGGGCGUGGGGCUGAUGCUGCACUUUGCCUUCGUGUACUUCAUCCCGUCCGAGGCCGUCAGCCUCCUCACCGUGGGGCUGCUGGUCAGCUCCUUCACGGCCAGCGUCUGCAGCCUGCUGGCCAUCACCAUCGACCGCUACCUGUCCCUCUACAACGCCCUGACCUACUGCUCGGAGAGGACGGUCACCAGGACCCACAUCAUGCUGCUGCUCACCUGGGGAGCCUCCAUCGGCCACGGGCUGCUGCCCGUGCUGGGCUGGAACUGCCUGCAGGAGCCGUCGGCCUGCAGCGCGGUCAGGCCGCUGACCAGGAGCCACCUGCUGCUGCUGUCGGCGUCCGUGCUGGCGGUGCUGGCGGCGAUGCUGCAGCUGUACGUGCAGAUCUGCCGCAUCGUGUGCCGGCACGCGCACCAGAUCGCCGUGCAGAGGCACUUCUUGGCCAGCUCCCACUACGGCGCCAGCUCGCGCAAGGGCAUCGCCACGCCGGCCGUGAUCCUGGGCACGCUGGCGUCCUGCUGGCUGCCCUUUGCCAUCUUGGGGCUGCUGGGGGAGCGCGGCUCCGCGGCGCUCUGCGCCCACGCCGCGCUGCUCCCCGCCGCCUACAACUCGCUGCUGAACCCCGUCAUCUACGCCUUCAGGAACCGCGAGAUCCAGAAGGUGCUGUGGGCCGCGUGCUGCGGCUGCGUGUCCCCCUCGCCGCCCUUCCGCUCCCGCUCCCCCAGCGACGUCUGAUCCCCAGCCCUCGCUCACCGUCACCUCAUCGCAGCCGGGGUUUGCUCUCAUCCCCCCUUUUCAUGCAGGAGCUCUUGGAAACAAGCAGCUCUUCCCGGCCUCGUCCUCUUUGGGCACAACCCCUUCUUCUCCUCUAUUUUUCCACUUUUUGAAUAGAGACAAAGACGUAUUUUUUAUCCAUAAUAUAAUCUAUAUUUAUGUGUCAGAGAGAGGGGGCCGAUCCUCAUAUUUUCUUUAAAACUAUUUAUGAUGCUUUAUUUUUUUAAGGGUGGGGAAACGCCAGGAACGUUCACCCCCCUCUUGUUGUUUUUACAACCUUGUUAUUUACCUCAGAUAGUCAAAAUAUAUUUUAUACAUUUGGGGAAGGGGAGGAGAGACUCGCUGCCAGAGGAGGAGGGACUCAACCCCCUCCCCCCCUUCUCCCAGCCGUCCAUUUAUUUAUUUAUUGGUAUUUGAAUUAUUAUUUAAUUCGAUUUCCAUGCCUCCCUCCCGCGCCCAGCGCUGGGCCCUGCUGCCCUCUAGUGCUCGCUGCCUUCAGGAGGGGGGGCUGCCCGAGCCUCUGCACCCCCAAACCCACAAUUUUGGGGUCCUCUGUGUGCUGCCACCCCCCUCACGGCACACAGGACCCCCCUGCCAAAGCCUUUCUUUGCACUGGGGUUGGACUUGCACAUUUCUGGGGAGAUGGAUGUGAAAAGUCCCUUGUGAAGGGGACCCCUGGGAUGGGGACCCCUCGGUGGGUCAGGGUGGGGGGGCUGUUCUUGUUUACAACUCUGGUAGGGAAUAAAUGAAUUUGUGGUACGAGG